GACGUCGCAGAACAUCAUCCGUAGCAGCCAGCAGCCUCCCUGAAUGCCCAGCGUCGCCAUGGAUGCCCUGACCGACGCGCUCUCCUUCGGCUUCGCUGUGUCCAAGGAGCCCAACAGUACAGCCGCCCCCCACCCUCGGCUGGCUCAGUACAAGAGCAAGUACAGCGUGCUGGAGCAGAGUGAGCGGCGGCGGCGCUUUCUGGACCUGCAGAAGAGUAAAAGGUUAAACUACGUGAACCAUGCGCGGCACUUGGCGGAUGGGGACUGGACCGGGGCGGACUACGAUGAGGGGGAAGACAUGGAGAAGCAGGAAGAGGGGGAACGACAGCAUGACGAUGGUGCGGAGGAUGAGGGGAUGGAGGUGGAGAGGAGGAAGCUGCCAAAGCAUUACGCUAACCAGCUCAUGCUGUCGGAGUGGUUGGUGGAUGUACCGUCAGAGCUUGAAACCGACUGGCUGAUGGUGGUUUGUCCUGUCGGGAAAAGGUCCCUCAUCGUUGCCUCGAAGGGUUCCACUGCAGCGUACACCAAAAGCGGCUACUGCGUGAACCGUUUCCCCUCCUUGCUGCCCGGAGGGAACAGACACAACUCGGCCAUGGGAAAAGAUUACACGAUCCUGGACUGCAUUUACAGCGAGGUGGACCGGACGUACUACAUCCUGGACGUCAUGUGCUGGAGGGGCCAUCCAGUCUACGACUGCCCAACCGAGUUCCGCUUCUUUUGGCUCCAGUCUAAGGUCCAGGAGACGGACGGCCUGACGGAGAUCGCCAAACGGAACCCCUUCCGGUUUGUGAGUCUCCAGAGUUCCGACUGCGCGGCAGCGUCCAUUCAGAAAGCGCUGGCAGCCGAGUACAGCUUCAGCGUGGACGGGCUUCUCUUCUACCACCGGCAGACCCACUACACCCCUGGCAGCACCCCUCUGGUCGGCUGGCUCCGGCCUUACAUGGUCUUGGACAUCCUGGGUUUGGAGGUUCCCGCGGGACCUCUCACCACCAAGCCGGAGUACGCCAGCCACCAGCUGCAGCAGAUCCGGGAGCACAAAAAGGCGUCGACCGACGUCCGCCCAGCCAAUAGCAGCGGCGGCUACGAGUUGGAGUACCUGUCCACUCCACGCCAGGACGCCAAGGACCCUUUGCACGGCUUCAGCCAGGAGCCGAUAAAAGAAGCGAACAUGGAGGCGUGAGCGGGAGGCUCGGCGACGUGUUCGAUCAGCGUUUCUGUGGCGGCAGCUCACGUCGAGCGUGGCUAAUUUUAAUCAGGCACUGUUCUGGUCACCCCUCGAGCGCUGCUGCAUGCCCACUUUCUGCCUGCAGAAGGUGGAAACCUGGAGCUUCGUAAGAGUAUUUGCACAAAACAAAAGUUUAGAUUAAAAAGUGUUUUUUCCAGGAGCGCGUGCGAGGCGUGUCGGAGAAAACAUCGCAGCAAAAUAAAAAAUGGAGGUCAAGUAAGCUCCUGCUGCUGCGUGCGUCGCUCGUGAAAACGUCCUUUCAGUUCGUCGGUUUGCAGAACGACUGCAGCUGUUUUCAUUCUCUGCUAAAGCUAAACGUUCAGCAGCUCUUCAGCUGUUUCA